GAAUGGCAGCAGUGUGGAGGCAUCGACUGGACCGGCGCGACCACUUGCGUCUCCGGAACAGUGUGCACCGAGUACAACGAUUACUACUCCCAGUGCGUCCCGGGCGCCGCAUCUCCGCCUAGCAGCCUUCCACGCCUCGGUGGUGUGAACACUGCCGGCUAUGAUUUCAGCGUGGCAACUGAUGGCAGCUUCAACGGAACCGGCGUUUCCCCUCCCGCAGCGCAGUACACUCAUUUCACUGGUGAGGGUGCCAACCUCUUCCGUAUUCGUAAUUGCACCUUACUAGCGUGGCAGCUCAUGACCCCCACGCUCGGCGGCCCCAUCAACGAGACGUGGUUCAGCAACUUCUACGACAAGACCGUCCAGGCUGCUCUUGCUUCCAGCCCCAACAGCUAUGUUAUCGUUGACUUGCACAACUACGCUCGCUGGAAUGGCGAGAUCAUCGCUCAGGGUGGUCCCACCAACGAUCAAUUCGCUUCGAUUUGGACCCAGCUCGCUCAGAAAUAUGGUACUAACGAGCGCAUCAUCUUCGGUAUCAUGAACGAGCCUCACGACAUCCCUGACGUGGCCACCUGGGUCGACUCAGUUCAAUACGUGGUGAACGCCGUCCGUGGUGCUGGUUCUCAGAACUUCCUCCUCCUUCCUGGCUCUAGUUGGGCCUCCGCUCAGGCCUUCCCCACUGAGGCCGGACCUCUCCUUGUCAAGGUCACCGACCCUUUGGGAGGCACCAGCAAGCUGAUCUUCGAUGUACACAAGUACCUGGACAGCGACAACAGUGGAACGCACCCUGAUUGCACCACCGACAACGUCGACGUCCUCACUACCCUCGUUAGCUUCCUCCAGUCCAACGGUAAUCGCCAGGCAAUCCUCUCCGAGACCGGAGGAGGCAACACGGCUAGCUGCGAGUCUCUCCUCGGCAAGGAGCUCGCAUUCGUCAAAAGCAGCUUCCCCACACUCGCGGGUUUCUCUGUGUGGGCUGCAGGUGCAUUCGACACCACCUACGUUUUGACCGUGACACCCUUCGCCAAUGGCACGGAUCAGCCUCUCUGGACUACUGCCAGUAAGUAUCUAAUUGACUCAUGA